AUGGCAGGGAACGAUUGGAUAAACAGCUAUGUUGAAGCAAUUCUGGAUGUGGGUUCUGACUUAGACGACCCAAAAUCAUCUCUUUUGCUUAGAGUGAGAGGCAGCUCGCACUCUAACCCUGCAGCUCCUUAUUUCUUCGGAGAGACCCAGGAGAUGAGGAGUUCGAAAGAGAGGAAUGUGAGAUUGGAGAAUAUGCGUUGGAGAAUUUGGAAUUUGGCUCGUCAAAAACAGCUUGAGGGAAACCUAGGCGCCCCAAAGAACGUUAAAUUUAAUAUCGAUCGCCAAAGAAACCGCAAAGAAGCUGAGCAAGCUGAUGUAUGCAAAGACCUAUCAGAGGGAGAAAAAGGAGAUACAGUCAGGAAUGUAUCAGCUUACGGUGAUAGCAACAGAGGCAGAGAACCUAUAAUCAAUUCUGAUGUUGCGCUGAAAGAUUGGUCUGGUCAACAGGAGAGAAAGAAGCUAUACAUUGUGUUAAUAAGGCAUGACCUGAACUUUAGCUCCCUAAUGCUUGAAUGUGCUUGUGAUUAUAAAGUGUUUAGAUGGUGUAGUGUUCCUUAUUUCAAUUUAAUCAAUAAGCAUACAUGCAGCCUUCAGGGUCUAAUACGAGGUGAAGAUUUGGAACUUGGCCACGAUUCUGACAUUGGUAAUCAGGUUAACUAUGUAGUGGAACUUGCAAGGGCUUUGGGCUCAAUGCCAUCAGUCUACCGAGUUGAUUUGAUAACCAGACAAGUAUUAUCACCAGAUGUAGACUGGAGAUAUGGUGAACCCACAGAGCUGCUUACUAUCGAGGAUUUCUCGGAUGACUUUGGAGAGAGCAGUGGUGCUUGUAUUAUCCGUCUACCUUUUGGACCACAUGAUAAAUAUAUGCCAGAAGAAGUUUUGUGGAAUCAUAUCCCGGAAUUUGUAGAUGGUGCGAUUAACCACAUAUUUCAAAUGUCUCAAGUUCUAGGAGAACAAAUUGGUGGAGGAAAGCCAGUCUGGCCAGCUGUCAUCCAUGGGCAUUAUGCUGAAGCAGGAAAUUCCGCUGCUCUUCUCUCUGGUGCUUUAAAUGUCCCUAUGCUUUACACUGGUCAGUCACUUGGCCGACUGUUGGUCGAUGAAAAGAACUUGACAUACGAAAUGAUGCUUCAGAUUGAGUCUGAGGAGUCAUCCCUUGAUGUCUCAGAGAUAGUCAUAACUAGCCACAGACAGGAGAUAGAGGAGCAAUGGAGCUUGUAUGAUGGUUUUGAUCCAACAAUGGAACGUAACCUGGGAGUAAGAAUGAAGCACAAUGUGAGCUGUUAUGGGAGAUUCAUGCCUCGCAUGGCUAUAAUUCCUCCAGGAAUGGAGUUUAAUCAUAUUAUUUCCGAAGAUGGUGAUAUGGAUGGCAAAAUAGAAGGGAAUGAAGACCAUCAUACUUCUCCUGACCCACCAAUAUGGUCUGAGAUAAGGCACUUCUUUACCGAUCCUCGAAAGCCUAUGAUACUUGCCUUCGCAAGCCCAGACCCCAAUGAGAACAUCACAACGUUGGUUAAAGCUUAUGGAGAAUGUCAUUCAUUGAGGCAGCUUGCUAACCUUACACUAAUUAUGUCUCAUCAAGAUGGAUUCGGAAGAAUGUCAAGCAUGAAUGCUUCUGUGCUUCAUUCAGUGCUUAAGCUUGUUGAAAAAUAUGAUCUGUAUGGUCAAGUCGCAUAUGCUAAACACCAAAAGAAGUCUGAGGUUUGUGACGCGUAUCGUCUAGCAGCAAAGACAAAGGGUGUUUUCAUCAAUCUGGCUUUCAUCGCGCCAUUUGGGCGAGCUUUAAUUGAGGCAGCAGCUCAUGGAUUGCCGACCGUUGCCACAAAAAAUGGAGGUUCAGUAGAUAUACACCAGGUACUUGGCAACGGUAUACUUGUUGAUCCCCAUGAUCAGCAGUCUAUUGCUGAUGCUCUUUUAAAGCUUGUUGCUGAUGAGCAUCUUUGGACAAAAUGCCGAGAGAAUGGGUUGAAUAAAUUUCACCUAUUUUCAUGGCAUGAGCAUUGCAAGACUUACCUAUCUCAAAUAGCCAGUUGCAAACAAAGGUAUCCACAGUGGGUAGUAAAUGAUGACGAAGAUUAUGAUGCUUACAUAGAUUCUCCAGGUAAUUCCUCGAGAUAUAUACAAGAUAUACCUUGGAAUCCCAGGUUUUCAGUGGAUGACAAAAAUUCUGGAGCUAAUGGAAAUCAUAAUUCUGCAGAAUUUGGAGGAAAUGCUGCUGAUAAGAAUAAAUUAGAGAAUGCUAUUUUGGCUUUCUUCAAGAGUCAAAAGGCUGGCUCCACCGAGAAAGCAGACCUACUAAACAGUUCUGUAAAGUUUCCAGCAUUGGGAUGGAGGAGACGUAUCAUUGUCAUAGCAGUAGAUUUUGAUACCAUCACUAGUCUUCUUGAUGUCAUUAAAAAAAUUUUCCUGGCUGUUCAAAAGGAAAGGACUGAAGGGGGGUUUAGCCCCAGUGAUUUUGAUGCUUUUAUUUGCAAUAGUGGUAGUGAUAUCUACCAUUCAACUCCUAAUUCCGAGGAUGGUCCCUUUGUUGUUGACUUUUAUUAUCACUCACACAUUGAAUACCGUUGGGGUGGAGAAGGCCUGAGGAAAACUCUGGUUCGCUGGGCAUCUUCUGUUACAGAUAAGAAGGUUGAGAACGAGGAACAUAUUAUAACGCUAGCUGAAGAACUUUCAACCGACUAUUGUUAUGCUUUUAAUGUGAAAAAGCCAGGACAGAUUCCCCCUGUUGAGGCACUUCGAAAGUUGCUGAGAACUCAGGCUCUCCGAUGCCAUGUUAUUUAUUGCCUAAAUGGGAGCAGGAUAAAUGUAAUUCCAGUAUCAGCUUCCCGUUCCCAAGCCCUCAGAUGGAGGGUGCAAUUGACAAAUAUAGUGGUAUUUGUUGGAGAAUGUGGGGAUACGGAUUAUGAAGGAUUGCUUGGUGGGAUGCACAAAACUGUAGUAUUGAAGGGAGUUCGUAGCAAUGCAAGUAAUCACUUCAAUUUCAACAGAAGCUACCCUCUCUCAGAUAUCCUGUCAUCUAAGAGCCCAAAUAUUGUCCAGACACCUGAACAGUGCACCAUCUCUGAUAUCCGGGGUUCAUUGCAACAAUUAGAAUGUUUGUAG